CAACACUACUAUAUAACAAAUAAUUUGAGAAAUGUAGUGAGGAUUGAUAGUACAAUGCAAAAUAGUCGUACUAAGCUGAAUGGUUUGAGGAUAAUCUAGCAAAGAAAGAUAAGAAAGCCUUAAAGAGGGAUCAUCAAUAUUAGAUAUGAGAGUGUAUACAAUCGAACAAAAGCAAUCGCAGACCACUUUGCAAGCAAACUUGAAGGUGGUGCUGUCGAUAUCCUGUGAUACCAGUUCCAAUUCUUACUCUAGUAAAAACACUGUUAACAUUGAUGAGAGUAAGAUCAAAUCUAUCAAGAUCGGAGGGAACUUUAUUGCUUACUUGACUAUUGAUGGCCAGGUGUUUGCUGUGUAUUACAAUGUAAAGGAGAACACAACGACCACGUCAACAUUGCCUGCUAGUAUACUCGAUACUACAAAAAAGAGAGCAAGGUUGUCCCAAGAGAGCUCCAGUAAACCGGAUCGUAUGAAGCACAGGAAGAGACCACGCGUUGAUAGUUUACUAUCAGAUUUGUUACGAGAGUACAGCAGCACAGUUAACCAAUCAGAAGAGGGUGUGAGUGUUUGGGGGAACAGCCCCUCGUCUCCUAGUAAAACUGAUACCUCUAAAACAUACUGUCCAACUGCUCCUUCAUUCCCUUCAGAGAAAAGUGCAUCUGCAGACCAUACAGCAGCCUCUCUGGAAAACACAGACUGUAGUGAUGUGGAACAAGACACACAGCUUCCUUCAACCAGCGAGGUCUUCUUAUCUGACUACUACAACAACAUUCAGUCUCAAGUCAGGUCCGAUCAGACAAGAGAACAUUUAAAAGAUAACAAAUCAGAAAGUGGUUAUGGAGGUGCAGAUAAUAAGACUAAACCAGAGGUAUCACAGCCAGUACAAUGGGCUAACUCGCGUGACAACUCGCUCUACUUCACAAUGAUUGCAGCUACAAAGUGCGCUGUACUGCUCGUCUGUUCUAACGGUCAGUUGUGGAGAUGGGAUAUGUUAGAUAACACAUUUGAAGAACACCCACUCUAUAAGCUGUACUGUGGAGAUAAGCCCGUAGUUAAGAUACAUUCCAGUAACCUCCGCAUAACCGUGCUUUUGGAGACUGGGGAGAUUGCUGCGUUCUAUGACAACUUUAUAUCAGGUAUCUCCCAACCUAUGAUAAUAUCAGAGCUGUCCCAUUCUGCUGAGCAAAUAGUAGGACUAGAAGAUGAAACUGUGGUGGAUAUUAAAUCUGGCGAUUUUAUCUCCUCUGUUCUUACUAAGUCAGGUAAAAUACUGUGGUGGGGGAUGUUACAGAAGGAAGUGUCUGGAGCAUCGAAAGCUAAGUCUACUCUCAGUAGCAGCUCCAUCAAGAGUGGCUGCCAGGUGGUACUAAAGAACAAAGCUAACGAUAUCCUGAUAGGAAGCCUAGUCUACACUGCGUACCCACAAAGCAAACUAGGGAGAGUAGAGGGUUGCUCUGGGAACAGUGUUAUUGUUAGGUUGUGUGACAGAACAUCUUCUCCAACAGCUGAGAAACCGAAAGUAGAGACGUGGUCUAACUCUCAGAUAAUAGUACUGGAGACAACAAUAGUUCCUUUAGGCACUGUUAUUGGACUACACGGAACAAACGCUAUAAUCAUGACAAGUAGACACACUGACCCUCAGCGGUUCAGGAGCGAGUGGAAACAGUAUCGCCGCAUGUUCUCUGAAGGUCAGUUAGAUAAGCUGAGAGACGAGGAUGUAGAGAUGGAACCCAAGAAAGAGAAUGAGAAUGUUAUGGAGAUUGAUGGAAGUAGCGUGGCUAGUGAUAACGCAACCAGUGCUUAUCCUAACCUCUGUGUUUAUCCUGUAUCGGAUCUGGAAGUGUACGAGAGCUGUGGGCACUCCCACGAGAUACAGAAGACACCAGUAAACCUACUCGCUUCUAAAACAGUUAACCUCCAAGAUUACAAAGCACUGUCGUUUAGUAUAGAUCACACUGGUAACCUAACAGUGUUAGCGAGGAGCAGAACUAACAAUAACAUCUACAUGCUCACUAAGGACUGUGUUAGUGAACAUUGUGAGGCGAUACAGGAACCUGACUCUGGCUUCCUCAGUCAUGUCGAGAAGAUGAGUAUGUUGUCUACACCUGAUGUGGUAAUGGUGGUGGAUAACAACAGUGUGCCCUUCGUCCCUCCUCUUCCUACCUCGCUCAACUUUAGAGAGUUCAACUAUCUGCCCAGUCUCAAUGCUAUUGACAUCAAGCAGGAGAUAUCCACUAUCCCGGGACGAUCCCGAUUGAUAGUGGCAAUAGCAAAGCAAGCCCAAGUGAUAAUGCCAGUAGUAUUACAAGGGGACCUCAAGUACCUCUCGCACGUUAAACUACAAGAACAGGGACCUGGACAGAACAUGGGUAAACGUCCUUAUGGCAAGGCAGUACCUACAUGGGGUGAGUUAGUUCACGCACUAGAGACUGAGAGGGACGCGUGUGGGAGGUCCUGUUUACACGUGUGCGCGAUAGCUAAACCUAACCCCCUCCGCAAGCAACAGAAGAGAGCUCCCUCCGGAAACAGCAGUCUGCUUCCAAUUAGAGUCGACGACUCCUAUUUCCACUCGAUAACACUGAUAAAGCGCACGUGUUCGUUUGAAGAGUUAAGAUACAGACACUAUACUGUGGAGAGACAGAAGGAACUUAAGGAACAUGACAGAUGGUUAAAUGUCAUGAGAUUUAUAUGUGGUAUUGAGACUCUGGACCUUGUUAAACUGUUGACGCUGACAGACAAUGCCGGUUACACGCCCUUCAUAGCAGCAAUAGCCUCAAAGAACUAUAACAAUGCAUGGUAUCUUCUACCCAUAAUAGUAAAGCUAGACAAGAAGCACCCAGGUCUGAUGGAUCAGGCUGUGUGGAAGAGGCUGCAGUAUAAUACAACUGUCUACCAUAUACUAGCACAGGGUUUGUUGCACAGUGCACUGAUAAUACAACAAAUACCCACCUGGUGUACCGAACAGACACUGCAGAACCUCUUCUGUCAGAAAUACUCUUCUAUCUACAAAGUUAUCAUCCAACAGAAGCCUAAGAACAUGGUGAAGUCAGUGCGAAGGUUGUUUGACACAAAUAAGCCAAUGACUGUACGGGACAGAAUCCUCAGAUCCUUCAUGAGGGGACCCUCCGGAGGCUCCUCUAAUUCUACCUCACAUUUUAAAUAUAGUUCUAAGCAACAGCAAGGUAUUAUCUUCUUCUCGGACCCUCAAGAAGCACGCCGCGCGCUUAUACAGAUGGACGGUUAUGUGAUCCCCGCUAAAGCUAACAACCAGCGCAGUAGGACCUCCUACUUCUUAUCUAACUCUAAUCCAGGGGGUUUCUUCGAGGUCUCAGUACGGUUUGUAGCUAGGGAAGUUAGGGGCUUCUUUUUAACUCCUAGCAAGAAGAAAACAUCCCGGGUCAAGGAGGAGUUCGAGCUAACUCAGGAGAACUACAGAAGGAUGCUUGCGGAGGCUUUACUAAAGGACUACAGUGGUUGUGUUAACGACCUAUGUGAGACUCCAUUAGCUACCUUCGUUAACGAGAGUAUAUACAGUAAAUUAGAGGAUAGAAAGAAAGGAGAGAAAGGUUUCUCUUCAGAGCACCUCUUACCUUCUCACAGACUGGAAAGAGGAGUGACGGCUGCUUGUAUGAGAGACUCGAGUGCAAGUUUCCCUUACUCAGUCAGUGCUGGUCUAGCAUCACGUAUACCAGUCACUGUCAGAAGACCACGCCUCUCACAGCGCUCUAUUCAACUUGACAGUCAUAGAUCUGACUUGGGAGACAGGUAUAAUCCUAGUAACAGCAAUGCACCUACUCUACUUCACCCCACCGCUUACUUCUACUCUUCUCUGCUACCUGACGAUCACAUAGAUAGACUUAUUGUAAACCGUAGAAGAGCUCCAGAUGCAGAAGUAGCAAACGACCGUGCAAACUUUUCUAUAUCGAGUGAUAUCGAAGAAGAAGAGACCAGUGUUACUCUGCCCCCACUCCCCCCUUCUAGAUACUUUGAAGAGUUACAAGAAGACCUAGCAAGAGUGCGAGAGGACGAGUUAGAGUUAAGAAGGAGGGCAGGACCAUCUACUGAUAUAUUCGGGAACCACGUCGGAGGACAGGGGAGUGGGUGGGGUGAUAUCAGACAGAGCCCUAUGUCAGAUGAUAUGUUCUUACCUUUUGAAAACCUUAUGCCCACUGAAGUAGUGCCCUCUCCGUCUCUUUCUAGGGUAUUCGAAGAAGACCUGGCGUACGCGCUGAAUGUGCUCCCGAACCAGCCAGUUCUCCCUACCUCCUCCCUUCCCGCCUCUUCCCCGGUGUUACACGUCUCCUCCCCUGUCCUCCCCAGCAUGUCCAAUCUCCCUACCUCUAGUAAACAGAGCACCCCUCCUCUUAUCAUAAAGUCAGAAUCUAGAGCUGACAAACAGGAAGAGUUUGACUCAAUACCCGCCUACCCAACUGAAAAGCAGACUACUAGUUUAGACUGUGUUGCUAAGCAACUGUGUGCUAACGAGCUUGUCGUGGUUACUACUAUCUACUGUUCCUAUAGCAACAGUAAAACUCUACCCCCUGAUUUGAGUAAAGAGAUGAGUGAAGAUAAGAGCCCCUCCAAACAGGAGCAAUCUACUGAGGGUAACGAUACACUACCCUACUCGUUACCAGAAAUAGAAGCAACCUCAGAUAGAGUAGAUAACGUGCAGUACAGUCACGAGAUGACAUGUUUUACACAUAACCUGGUUGCUAACACCACUAACGGGGCAGACAUUACCGCUACUCUCUCUAAAAUGCUGGAGAGGAAGGCUCCGGGAGCCCUGUAUAUUGCAAUGCUGUUUAUUCGGAGUUUAGUUAAGUACCUGACGUUACAGCUGACUAAUAUAGGACCUAGGGAGUGUCUGACUGACAUGCCAGAGUAUAGACUGGCUGUGGAGACUAGGAAACUGCUAGAGUCUUUUGGUUGGUUGGCGGUGAGAGAGAUUCUCCAGUCAGCUGAAGCUCUUUUUCUCCCAAUACAAUACAACACCUUCAAGUCUCAGACUCAUUCUUCCGUAAUGGAGCAACACAUCUUCCCUCACCCCCCUGGCUUCAUGUUCCCUUCCUCUGCAUCUCAAGCUAUAUCUCUACACCCCAGUACCUACAUGAGACAAUGUCCACUUCUUAAAGAUAGAGCUACCUCUCCCAAACUUAAAAAGAAAUUAUCGCUGGUAGCGGAGCCACGUUUAUCAGGAGGAGAUGAAGACGAGAUGAGCGGGGACGAGCUAACGGACGAGGAGUCCGUUAAUGACGACUCUUCUCACUCAUUCCUUACUCAGAUCAAUAUAUUCGAUGUGGUGGACAACUUCUUCAACCCCAACCCGCCCCAAGUUACUCCCUCGGAAGAAGACCCCUACCUAAUGUGGGCUGUUGAUGGUCAAACUACUACAUUCAGACCAGUCUUCAGAACACAACACAGCGCUGAGGAGAUGACACUGUUACGUGAGAACAGCAGUGAGAGGGGGAAGAACACACUAUCGUGUGUCUUUAGUCGACUUAUUAAGUCCGCUACUGAUAUCGCCAGUAACACCCACAACACUCUGUGUGACUCAGUAAAGCCCUCCUGUGAAGAGACCCUACAAACCUGCUGGUCCUGGUUGGAACCUAUAGUAACCAGUCUGGAGUCUCAGUUCCUGAAAGCUAAGGAGUUUGAUCUGGAGCGGUACUCUGCUAUGUUGAAACAAGGAGAGAGGAAGAUAAGGACAUUGUACAACCCUGGUAGUAUGUCUAAAAGUAGCAUCACUGCCUCUUUCUCUCAAGAGUACGUGAUGUACCUGCUAGACUCACACACUACCAACUCCAGCAACUCACUCCCCAUACUCGACAUUAAGAGCUACAAACACAUAGUGUAUGUGUUCGACACAAUGUUCUAUGUAAUCUCCAAGUGGCCCCGAGUAGCCAGCAGAGGAGAUGGUGCUGGUUCCAGUAGUGGGACUGGUUCUCUGAGCUCUGGUACUUUCCUCAAGAGAUCUCCUUCACUGGACUUCGGGCAGGAGGGUAGAGUGGGAGCGGGGGACACAGUGGUCAACAAGGAUUUAGAUAGGCCUGUACACGUACAGCUCCCUCUGGCUCUACAACCUCACCUCCUCACUCCCAUGGCAACCAGAGAAACUCUCUUCUCCACCGUCUACACAUCUGAUAAGAAGGAGUCAGCUAACUGCUGGAGAGGGAAAGAGUCCCUGAAACAGGCUCUUAAAAGAAAGAGCAAGCUCCUUAAAUACACUCCUGCAGAGUUCCUGUCCUCGUUUGAGUCCACAACCCGGGUAUUUAGUACGUACUACCUGGGAGAGGGACCUGGUAUUGAAAAGGAUAGUGUUCUUAAUCUCAAGGCUUGCUACUCUGGUAAAACUGCAAGGUUCAUCAGGCAGAUAAAGGAAGUUAAACUGCUGGUACAAUCCCAGAACAGGCAGGAGAUGAGGGAUCUGCCUCCUCGUAUCUACAAUCUACACAUCUACAUUAAUAGAAGCAGACUUCUAUCUGACUCUAUUAAAGCUCUGUUGGAGAUGACACAACUCCACCCUGUUAACUACAGCGUUAAGUUCGAGGGAGAAGAGGGUGGGGGUCCUGGUGUGAAUAGAGGAUGGUUCAGUGUCCUGUGCUCCUCCCUCAGAGACAAGACCAAGUACCCAGACAAAACUCUCCCACUAUUCCAGUGUCCGGGGAGACUCCCCGAACAAGCUGAGAACAUGUCGCCCCUCCCCUGGGACCCCUCCCUCUACCACAACAACUCUCUCCUCUACAAGCAGAGAAUAGAGGGGUUCCGAGCGUGUGGCAGGUUCCUGGGACUGGCCCUCUGGUUUAAGCAGACCCUGCCUAUUAAACUGUGCAGACACGUGUGGAAGUACUUGCUGGGGAGGGAGCUGUGUUGGGCUGAUCUAGCGUUCUAUAACAGUGACCUGUACGAGGGACUCAGGGCUAUGUUGAAUGAUGCUAAGUGGAUGACGGAGGCGGAGUUUGUGGAGGUGUAUCCUUGUACUUUCGAGGUCGAGAUAAACGGCAGAUCACGUGAACUGAAACCUGGUGGAAGUCAGCUGCCUCUCACUAAGCUGAAUGUAGAGGAGUACAUACAGGGUUACAGCGAGCAGCUCAUGGUGCACUCAGUAAAGGAGGAGUUGGCGGCACUAAAACAGGGCUUUACAGAUAUCAUCCCUCCCCAUGUACUAGCAGGACUAACAGCUGAAGAUCUGACUCUCCUCCUGUCCGGGGGGUGUGGAGAAAUCCCAUUUGAGAAGCUGUGUAGUAUUAUCACCUUCGUUAACAGCAUCGGCUGCAGUCAGAAACGUCUUGAACAGUUCAAGAGGUGGUUCUGGAAGAUCGUAAAGGAUAUGAACCAAGCCGAGAGACAACAACUGCUCUACUUCGCUACAGGAAGCUCGACUCUUCCUCCACUGGACCACAACACUGAGCGGUCACGUGACAGGAUCAGUAUCACAGUAGACAUACAACACGACUCUAGGAACGCCCUGCCCAUGGCUUCUACCUGUGGACAGAGGAUCUCAAUACCACUCUACCGUUCUUACUCAAUGUUAAAGGAUAAACUAUCACUAGCAUUGCAGUGUCUUAGUUACGGACUGGGUUAAGAUAAUGGGUGAACUGUGUUGCCAUGGUUACCAUGGUUACAGUGGUUACUGUGGUUACUGGGGUUAGUAGUGGUUAUGUUACCAUGGUUACAUUGGUUACUGGUUGUGAGACUAUGGUUACUAUUAUAGUCAGACUGAACUUGUAGUAAAGUUUAUCACUGCUACAUUUUAUAUUUCUGUGGAAUGUCUGGAAAUGUGCUACUACAAAUUUACAGAUUACUUUUAUCUGAAGUGUGAUAUUAGCUGAUCUGUUGCUAAAUUUAAUACUAUAGAUAAACUGGAAGGUGCUCAUUGUUUUAACUUAAUAAUUUUAUUAAAAUAGUAAUUAUUUUGAUAUUUUAACUCAUU